AUGUGUCUAAUUUCUGCCUUCACAGAAAGAACAAGAGUGGGAUUAUCAGAUGGAACAGAAGAGACUGGAAUACACAUAGGAGCCUUCAACACUGAAACUACUUUGGUCUAUGGGAAGGUCAUCACCAACAUCGGCAAGACCUACAACCCCAAGACAGGUCAUGUGAAAAACAAACAAUUUGAAAACAAGGUAUGUUUGAGUAUAGACUGUGUGCUGAGGCUUGUUACAUUAAAUUAUAUCAGUAGUAGCAGCUAAAGCAUUACAGUAUUAACACUGUACUUAUAUUAACCAAUUAUUCAAAUGUUUGUUAACCAUUAGUAAACUGUUUGUUAAGCAUUGUAUUGUAUAUUAUUAAAGUUGAUUUUAUCCUCAAUGUUAAUUAAUUCAUGAAUAUUGAUAAGCAUUUAUUAAGCUCCUCCUAUGCCACAGGUAUCUUCACAGCACCAGUGAAACAAAUCUACCACUUCACCUUCUAUAGUCAAUCAAACAGACAGGGAUGGUGUCAGGAAUCCCGCUUCCUGAGUCGGUUUCUGCCUGAGUUGCCUGUUUUCUGUCCUGGAGUCUUUUUUCCUGAGUUUCCUGAACGCACCCUGUCUGGUUGCCGGGCAACAAAGCAAGGCGGGAGAUCUCUCUAUUACCCGCACCUGCAUCUCAUCAGCUAUCUGCACACCUGGUUCUGAUUCACCUCUCCACUUCAUAGGCUCUGACCUGACAUCCAUUCCCUGCCGGAUCGUUAGCCAUGAACAUUACUCUCCUGGAAUAUUCACUCCACCUCUGCCUGGUCGUCUGUGGCUUCAGAAACAUCAUUGGAUCUGCCCAUUCACUCCCACCAACUCACCUCCAAUGCCAGCUCCGUCACCUGGAUUCUCCUGCUUCCACAUUUAAGUCUUUAAAUAAAUACUCACCUUCAUUCAACUCACCUUGUCCUGGUCUGCUUCUGGGUUCCGCUUUAAAGAAUCGUGACAGAUGGAUUCCUUUUAAUGUAUAAAAACUACAGAUCAAUUGCUUUUGAUGUUGUAGACAAUGGAUCUAACAGGGUUACUCAUGGGUCUGGACAGAUAGUUAUUGCAACCUCAAUACCUUCAAUGGCAUUCUGCUAUUUACCCAGUAACAGUGGAAAAAAGGUGUACCCAAACGCACUUCAGCCCAGCUUGAACAAAAAAGGGAAUCAGGUGCUUGGACUGAGUGACUUGAAAAUCCCCAAAACAUUCCUUACCCCAGGACACUUCAACAGGUGACAUUUCUUUAUUUUCCUGGACAGUCACCAAUUGAAGUAUCCUGAGGUAAGGAAGAGUUUUUUGGGGUUACCCAGUAACACAUCUCAGAAUAGAUGAAUAAAGAUAUAUUUGAAAUCAUGGAAAAAUUUUAACUUUUUUCCAUAAAUCACCUCAACAACAGGCCUAUCUUACAUAACAUUUCCCACAGAUAACUUUGGCAACCACUACAAACCCACUACAGGUAAUGUGAUGCCCAAAACCAUAUCAUUGUCACGUUCGUUGAAGGACAGGUCAGACCAAGGCGCAGCGUGAAAUGUGUACAUAUUUAUUAAACUGAAUAAACACACGACAAUACAAUAAACCAACGAAACGUGAAGUCCUAAGGCUACACACAAAACAAGCCUACUCACGGAACAAGAUCCCACAACUAACGAGUGACAAUAGGCUGCUAUAUGAUCCCCAAUCAGAGACAACGAGCGACAGCUGCCUCUGAUUGGGAACCACACCGGCCAACAUAGAUCUACACAUUCUAGAUCAUACACAUAGAUAUACACAACAUAGAAAACCACACCCUGACUCAACAUAUAAGAGUCCCCUGAGUCAGGGCGUGACAGUACCCCCCCCCCCCCCAAAGGUGCGGACUCCGACCACACAACCUUUACAUAACAGGGUAGGGGCCGGGUGGGCAUUCCGCCUCGGAGGCGGAUCUGGCUCCGGGCGUGACGACCACAUACUCUCCGCCUCCCUGUUGCGCCCCUGGUCUGGUCUGGACCUCGGCGCGCUGCUUCCCCUCUCCUUCCUCCCACGAAGUACCAAGCCCUGUCUGGACCCUGGUGUGGGAGACCCCGAACCUGGAGAGGGGCUGACGUCUGGGACUGGACUGGAGCCGCUGACCGGAGCUGGAUUGGGCACCGGUGGAGCGGACUGCUCUGGCUCCGGACUGGAGUCGCUGACCGGAGCUGGACUGGGGACCGGUGGAGCGGACUGCUCUGGCUCCGGAGUAGAGCUGCUGACCGGAGCUGGACUGGGCACCGGUGGAGCGGACUUCUCUGGCUCCGGAGUGGAGCAGCUGACCGGAGCGGACUGCUCUGGCUCCGGAGUGGAGCAGCUGACCGGAGCUGGACUGUACCCCGGUGGAUUAGACUGCUCUGGCUCCAGAGUGGAGCAGCUGACCGGAGCUGGAUCAGGCACCGGUGGAGCGGACUGCUCUAGCUCCGGAGUGGAGCAGCUGACCGGUGCCGGACCAGGCACCGGUGGAACAGGCACGGGCCGUGCCGGACUGGACACACGCACCACUGGUCUGGUGCGAGGAGCAGGCACGGGCCGAACCGGACUAGGAACACGCACCACUGGCUUGGUGCGAGGAGCAGGAACGGGCCGGGCCGGACUGGCGACACGCACCACUGGCUUGGUGCGAGGAGCAGGAACAGGCCGGGCCGGACUGGGAACAAGCACCACUGGCUUGGUGCGAGGAGCAGGAACGGGCCGGGCCGGACUGGGAACACGCACCACUGGCUUGGUGCGAGGAGCAGGAACGGGCUGUACCGGGCUGACGACACGCACCACUGGCUUGGUGCGGGGAGCAGGAACAGGCCGGGCCGGACUGGCGACACGCACCACUGGCUUGGUGCGAGGAACAGGAACGGGCCGGACUGGGAACACGCACCACGGGCUUGGCGCGAGGAACAUGAACAGGCCGGACCGGACUGUGGAGGCGGACUGGAGGUCUGGAGCGGAGAGCUGGCACAACCCGUCCUGGCUGGCUGCCCACUUUCGCACGACACGUGCGGGGAGCUGGCACAGAACGCACUGGGCUGUGCAUGCGCACUGGCGAUACAGUGCGUUUCUCCGCAUACCUGGGUUCCUCUAUUAACCCCCGCUCCUUAUGCUGCCUAACCAGCUCCUCUCUCUGUGCCUCUACUUCCUCCUUCUCCCUACGAGCCUCCUGCAGUGCCUCCUCUUGAAUGGAUCUCUCUCGCUCCAUUGUAGCUAUCAGCCCCCUUAAAGUGGUGGCCUCCUCUCUUACCCUGCCGAUCCGAUCCUUCUCUUUCUCUCGGCACUCCUCCUCCAGUGAGGACUCCUCCGGGAGCCCCCACGAGAUAGGGAACAGAAACUCAUCGUCGUUGUCAUCCUCCGACUCCUCAGUAUAGAAUUGUUCCCACUCUUCUUCCCAUGGUCAUAGGGAAUCAAUCUGGAAACCCACCGGGUGCAGUGGUCGGGGCUCUUCUCUCUCGCUCCCCGACCACCCCUUUUUAGCCCCCCAACAUUUUUUUUCUUGGGGCUGCUUCUCGGGCUUCCUCCUCGGCCGGCUUCUGUGUUGCCGUUGCUCCUCUCCUGCCUGGGCUUCCUUCUUCGCCCAGGGUCCUUUUCCUGCAAAUAUCUCCUCCCAAGACCAAAUCUUCCCCACCUGUAUCCAGGGUGUUCGGUCCUCCUGGGCACACUGCUUGGUCCGUGUUUGGUGGGAUCUUCUGUCACGUUCGUUGAAGGACAGGUCAGACCAAGGCGCAGCGUGAAAUGCGUACAUGUUUAUUAAACUGAAUAAACACACGACAAUACAAUAAACCAACGAAACGUGAAGUCCUAAGGCUACACACAAAACAAGCCUACUCACGGAACAAGAUCCCACCACUAACUAGUGCCAAUAGGCUGCCUAAGUAUGAUCCCCAAUCAGAGACAACGAGCGACAGUUGCCUCUGAUUGGGAACCACACCGGCCAACAUAGAUCUACACAUACUAGAUCAUACACAUAGAUAUACACAACAUAGAAAACCACACCCUGACUCAACAUAUAAGAGUCCCCUGAGUCAGGGCGUGACAAUCAUAAAGACUUUUAAAGAGACAUUGAACUCCAAAAUCAGUCUUCUGUUACACACCAUCUGUUUGACAGAUCCAGCUAUAUGCAACAGAACAAAAUGAAUGGAUGAGCUUAUCUUUUCCAUUCAAUUGAGAUUUAAGCAUAAAGCAUGAUUUCCACAACUGAUGGAAUGGUAUGUGGACACAACUUGAAAAUCAGACAAAAACGUUGUUUUUGAAGUGUAAUGUUCCAUUAAUAUACUGUAAAUAAAUGUGUAUUUUUCCCGAGAAGAUGUGAUCUCUAAAGGCCCCUCCUUUGCUACAGGUAUCUUCACAGCACCAGUGAGAGGAACAUACCACUUCACCUUCUUUAGUCGCACUGCAGCAGGCUAACCCAAUGGGUACAUUUUUCUAUAUAAAAAUGGAGAGAGUGUUGCUGGUACUUUAACAGCUGUACUGAUGCUUGAGGUAGGAGACCAGCUCUACAUGCGCCUCAGUACCAACUCAUGGAUCUACGAUAAUGACAAUGGCUACAACCUCAGUACCUUCAAUGGCAUUCUGCUAUUUACCCAGUAACACCUCAGAACUCAUGUGAAAAAAGCUAGAUUUGAAAUAAUGGAACAUGUAUUCUAGAGGGCAUCACCGAUUUGAAUGACUGCGACAAUGUAAAUGGACCUCUGUACUUUUUGUUCCAUUCUACUCUAUUUCAAUAUCUGAAAUAAACUCAUAUGAAUAUGUUUUUUCUUUCAUUAAUAUUCUGUUUAGUACAGCCGUGGUGUUUGUGUUUACAGAAUGAAACGCAUAAUAACCCUGCCUCUGGCAGCUUCCAUCCUGCAUUUACACAAACCAACAGUGACUCGUUAUGCUGUUUUACACAUGAUUCCUUGAUAUUAUCACAUGUAGCCUAUUCAUAGGUGUAUGUUCUUAGUCAUAUUAUUGGGUGUACUGUAGAGUGCACUUUAGAGGUCUGGCAAAACAUUUGCUGUUGCUCAUAGCUUUAUGUCCUUCUUCAAUGUAUUUAUCAUGGGUUACAGAAUUGGCAAAAACCCAUGACCUGAAUGAGAAGGUUAUCUUGAAAGAAUGAUUUACAGGAGCUUACACACUCCUAAAAUGUAAACACCAGACCUGGGUUCACAGACUUAAACAAACAUUUUCAAAUAUUUUGAGUGUUUGCUUGAGUCCAGUUGGAGUGGAAUUUGGGGACUUUUUCUAUUAGUUUAUUAAGCAAGGCAAGCUCAACCAGGCACAGAUGAAGUAUUUGAAACCCAAACAAAUGACUCAUAGGGUAUUUCAAAGGGAGACAAUAGUUUUGCAAUACAUUUACCCAAACUGAAAUGAAGUGCUAAAAGAAGCAGGUCACUUCAAUCCAUAACCGCUAACGUUUCUUAAGCACUUGAACAUGAUUGAAAGGUAGCCACGUUGAAUUGGAACAAAGUCAUCCAGGGAACUUUCCAUUCGUGCACAAAAGGAUAUGUGCUUAUUGACUCUGCACCGGUACCCCCCUGUAUAUAUAGCCUCCCUACUGUCACUUUAUUUUUACUUCUGCUCUUUUUUUUCUCAACACUUUUUUUUGUUGUUGUUGUUUUAUUUUUACUUUUUUUGUUUAAAAUAAAUGCACUGUUGGUUAAGGGCUGUAAGUAAGCAUUUCACUGUAAUGUCUGCACCUGUUGUAUUCGGCGCAUGUGACCAAUAAAAUUUGAUUUGAUUUGAUUUGAUUUAUAAAACCACGAACUAGAGAUCAGAAAUCACAGGAGAACAAACGACUCAAGAGUCCAGAUUAAGAAUGAAGACCACUAUAGUUCUGCAGAUGACAUUGUUGUGCUACUGCCUGUCUGGGGGACAGGGUCAGUCAGACAGUGACAUAGCUACAGAGGAUGGGAAUCUGAAACUGAAAGAUGAGGUUGCAGCCUCAACACAGUCCCAGCUAACCUGCCAGCCUGACGUCUACACUGUGCUGAGAGAGAUGGAGGCCAGACUGAAAGCCAGUGAGAACCAGGUGGAGGAGCUGAAGAGAAAAUGUGAAGGUAAUAUUAUUGGCAAAUACUAUGGAUAGAGAAUAUAUUUGGGUAACACUUUACUAAAAGAAUCCAAGUAUAAUGCGGCUAUAAUGCAUCGUAAAACUUGUCAUGCAUAGAUAAACAUGGCAUAAAGGUUCAACUACUAGAGAAUGUCUACACUAGCUUUGACCGUAUAUUCAGAUUUACUCAAAACAGUCACCAAUAAAAGCAUAAAAAUAGUGCAGAAGUGCAGAUUUAGGAAAAAACUUAUGACCCUCAGAUCACACGGUCAGGAAUAACUUAAUUUGAAGUUAACUGUCAAAUAGAUUGUCAUAGAGUGUGUACUCUCAUUCAUGCACAGACAGACCAAUGGCGGCCUUCUCUGCAGCACUGGGAAUCAAGGUAGGGAACAUAGGACCUUUCAACACUGAAACUACCCUGGUCUACAAUGACAAUGAUGACAAUGGAUACAACCUCAGUACCUUCAAUGGCAUUCUGCUAUUUACUCAGUAG